UGCUCUCGGAACUUGUUCUCUUCCCCCGUCCUCAAUGAACCCCUCCCCGAUCUCCACUUUCGACCUCCCCUCCUUCUUUCCCACUUUCUGGCAAUCCGGAGUCCAUCCACACCUUUCCUUUUAUCUGGAAUCCCUCGCUGUCCCCCUCCUCGAUCCCCAGCAGUGGAGGCGUUGGCGAGAACACUUUGUCGAGCUGUCAAUGUGCCUGGUCGGAGUAAAGGUCACGUGGACGCGGCACGUGGAUCACCAUCAGUGGGUCGAGUACCUCGAGCUACUGAUCAUCCAAGCGUGGCGAGUGGAAACCGGGGGCGAUCUGCUCGGAUUCCUCUUCGGAUCAGUGCGACCCGAUCACCGCCAACUGAUCGUGCACGAGCUAACGGUCCCCCUUGCGCAGCUAGCUGGCGAUCUCCCACUUGAGAUCGUCUCACAGAGCGACGACAGCCCAGUCCCACACGUUCUCACAGGGACCUUGGCGCCAUAUCUCCAGUGGUCGACGUGCUUAGAGGAACCAGGAAGCGGCCGCAACCCACCGUCACGGCGAGGCUAUCUGGACCCGUAUGAGAUAUUCGACCUUGCCUUCUUCCAAGAUCGGACAGCUUCCGAGAAUGAAGACGUAGAGAUUGAAGCGGAAGAAGAAAGCUCGGAAGAAGAAGAAGCCGAAGAAGAAGCCGGCGAGGAAGAAACUCUCGAAGAAGGGAGUUAUAGUAAGCACAGCGAAGGUGCGCAAAGUGAGGAGGAGGAGGAAGAACAAGGCGACGACGAAGAAGAAGAAGAAGAAGAGGAGCUGGAAGAGUCGGAGUGGGAAGGAUUCGAGGAAGAGGUGUGUGACGAGGCUCAGGCGCAGGCACAGGCGCAGAAGAGAGAAGAAAUCGCGGCCGGGAAGCGACAGUUGAAAUUCGCCAGCGCAGCCACCGACGACCCUGCCCGAGAUCCAGAGCCACCUAAGCCAGAGGAUGGAGAGGCAGCUGCCGAGACUUCGACCGCACCAGCAAGGCAGCGACGAAGUCGAUCCCCCUCCCCCUCCGCCUCCGACCGCCCACCAACUCGUCCACGUACCAAUGCGGGGCAUCGGGCUUCGUCCCUGGUCAUUAUCCCCCUGUCCCCUUGACCACCUCUCUUUCCGCUAGAUCACUACUCACGUCACCUUCACCGACGACCCCUUUCCCAUCGAUACCUUCCGCUUUUUCUC